UAACGGAUAACUGCGCGACGGGAGCUGCUGCGAAGGAAACUACCUCAUAUUUCUCUGGUCUUCAGUUCAACAUCGUUAUUGAGAUUUUUGUUGAUGAUUGGAGAAAAUCUUCAACAAUAAUUGUUUCAAAAUGGUACUAGAAUCAACAGUCAUCUGUGUUGAUAACUCAGAAUGGAUGAGAAAUGGAGAUUUUCUGCCCACCCGUAUACAAGCCCAGCAAGAUGCAGUAGGUGUAAUAUGUCAUGCCAAGACUAGACAAAAUCCAGAAAAUAAUGUUGCUUUGCUGACUUUGGCAAGCUUGGAAGUGUUAGCCACUCUUACAACAGAUGUUGGGAGAAUUCUGACUAAACUUCAUCAGGUUCAACCAACUGGCUUCAUAAAACUUAUCACCGGAAUUAGAAUAGCUCACCUUGCAUUGAAGCACAGGCAAGGCAAGAAUCAUAGACUGAGAAUUGUGAGUUUUGUUGGUAGCCCAAUCAAUGAUACAGAAAAAGAGCUGACAAAGCUGGCCAAGAAAUUAAAGAAAGAGAAGGUUAAUGUAGAUGUGGUUUGCAUGGGCGAAGAUAACGAGACAAAUGAAAAACUAUCAGCAUUUAUAAAUACUUUGAAUGGCAAAGAAGGCACAAGCUGUCAUCUUGUAACCGUCCCACCGGGACCUGCUCUUGCCGAUGCCUUGCGCUCCUCUCCUGUUGUGCAAGGAGAGGACGGCUACACUGCACCGAGUGGAUUUGGAUCCGGGUUUGACGAUAUUGAUCCGAACUUGGAUCCUGAACUUGCGUUGGCGUUGCGCGUAUCAAUGGAAGAGCAAAGGCAGAGACAGGAAGAGGAGGCUAAAGAAACAACCGAGGCUAGCAAGGAGUCCAAACCCCAAACUGCGGUUGUAGCUGAUUCUGCUUACGAUGAGGAUGCAGUGCUCCGCAGUGCACUCAAUAUGUCCAUGGCAGGGGGCUCUAUUCCGAUGGAUCUAGCAGCUUUAAGUGAAGAAGAGCAGAUUGCCAUGGCUAUUCAGAUGUCUAUGCAGGAUUCUGAGAUGGAAGAUAGUGAUGCCAGCAGACCAACAACUGCUGCAACUGACAACACUGAGGCAUCGCCAUUGCCAAUGGAUGCAGAACAGACUGAGCAAACUGAUGAUAACCUCAGUUCUGUGAUGACCGAUCCAGAAUUCCUGCAGCAUUUAGUUAGCAGCUUGCCGGGGGUUAAUCCGGACAGUGAAGCCGUAAGAAGUGCAUUAGGAUCAAUGUCUCAACAGUCAAACGAUAAAAAAGAUGACAAAAAGAAAGACGAUGAAAAAGCCAAAAAAUAACGAGACAAUAUGCAUAAAAAGUAACGAGAAACUGUGCAUAAAAAGUAACUGUAUAAGAAAGAAAGCUUACUUGUGUUAAUUUGUUAAGUAGGUUGCAAUGUUUCAAAUAUAAUUCAUGUGAUGGGAAGGAAUUUGUGUGAA